AUGAGCAGCGAGCCCCGCAAAGACCCGACGGCCUCGCAGGCGAUCGACUUCUUCCACCUCCUGUUCAGCCUGAAGCAGACCAAGCGCACCGGGUGGGUGAAGCGCGGCGUCAAGGCACCGGAGAGCAUCGCGGAUCACAUGUACCGCAUGGGCAUGAUGGCGAUGUUCGCGGGGGAGGCCGGCGUUGACGCAGGACGCGCAAUCAAGGUCGCGCUCGUGCACGACGUCGCAGAGGCCAUCGUGGGCGACAUCGCGCCCGGGGACGGCGUGAGCGACGCGGACAAGUACGCGCGGGAGGCGGCGGCGAUGGAGCGGAUCCGCGAGAUGCUGGGCGGGCAGGACGUGGCGCUGGCGAGCGAGGUGGUGCAGCUGUGGCGGGAGUACGAGGACCAGGCGACGCCCGAGGCGGUGUUCGUGAAGGACCUGGACAAGCUCGAGAUGAUCCUGCAGGCGCACGAGUACGAGGCGGAGCAGGACAUGGCCCUGCAGGAGUUCUUCGACUCGACGCGAGGCAAGUUCAAGACGGACGUGGGCAAGCGGUGGGCGGAGGAGAUAUGCAGGCGUCGCGACGAGCGGCGGUCGUCGUGA